AUGGCGAUCUGUACUUAUAACGCACGUACGCUUGUAUCGGAAGCGGCCAUCGGAGAUCUGAUGAUGCAAGCCAAGAAGAUCAAGUACGACGUCAUCAGAUUGACCGAGACGAGAACACGUCACCCUCUCAACGCCGUAUAUGAAACUGGAGAAAAACUGUUCUUAGGAACAUGCGACAGUAAAGGUGUUGGUGGAGUUGGCGUCCUCGUCAAUACAAGUAUGGCAAAGAACGUCGACUCUUUCGAACAACUUACGACCUGA